AUUACCGAUAUAACUUCAACCCUCAGCACCUCAGCACGCGGCGAACGCAUGUGCGAAAAGCGCGCAUGCGCGGAUUUAGGUUAAUGAUUUGUCGCACCCCCGACAGAAAUUUCACAAAGCAUUUUUAUACCACUACCUGUAGAUAAAAACGUAGAAAAUGAAUUCUUGAUAGUUAAAGUGUGUAGCAAGAUACGUCGAUGGAGGUGGUCUAGUGUCUGGCAGUCCGAUUCAGGAACGAGCGGGAUGAGCUCGCCGAAGAUGAACGAAAGAUGUCCGAGCAGUAUGAGCAACGGCAAGAAACACCUUAGCAACGACUGCAAGGAGGACUCGCUCGACAAUUCUAUAAGAGAGUCUAUAAAAUCUGAAAGAGCUGGAGGGAAGAAUGAAGAGGACUGGCGGAGACGUACCAUCAUCGUGGAGAAGAAGAACGGCAGUUAUGGGUUCACGCUUCAAAGUUAUGGAAUACAUUAUAAAAAGGAGCAAGAGAUUGAGGUGAUCACGUACGUGGAUCACGUGGAUGCGGAGGGGCCGGCGGCGGCGGCCGGCAUGCGCGAGGGUGACGUCAUACUUGCCAUCAAUGGUGCGGACGUGGAGCGCGCCGACCACGCUGCCAUCGUCGAUGCUAUCACCGCCUGCGACUCCCGCAUGAGGAUGGUCGUCAUAUUCGAAGACUGCGUACGCAAAGUAGAACUUCACCUCAAAUACAUCAAUCUACAACGAGCUCUGCAAUCCAAAAUGCGUGAACUCGAACAACUAACCGUGCGCGAAAGGCAACUUUUCGACACAAACUGGAAAACCCACAGCUUGCCGUCGCAGAAGAAGAAAACGUCUCCAUCCGACGUCAUCUCAGAUAAUGAAGAAAACAAUGUUGGUGAUAAUGUAAACACUGCCUAUUGUAGACCUACUUUAUCGAGCGAAAAUGUCACUGCCGCAAAACCACCCCAAGCCAAUGUAUUCAUGUAUCAAUAUCUUGAUCCGCGGUAUGGGGCAUGUGUCAUACAGCCAAAUAUACGCACAGGUAGUUUUGUAAUAACAGUGGGCUCGCCAAGAAAUAGACGUGAUUGUCACCACUACGUUGUGAAGAAUUCUGGAGAGUGUCAUCGGGCAUCGGAAACAUGCAAGUCCAGUAGCAGCACCAAACAUGCGAAGGCUCACAGAAAUAGCCAUAGUCACGGUUGUGCUCCUUGUAUGCCCACGUAUAACAACCAGGACGCCAACAGCUUAGAUGCUUACGACCUCGCCAGCCCCUGCUGUGAUCCACAUUGUGUGCCUAACUCUAGAAAGAAAGUGCGACGGAAGAAAGAAUGUUCGAAGGAACAUAAAAGAAAAGAAAAAUGUCAGCAAGUGGAUAAAUCCACACAAAAACCUGACAACUGCUCUCAUACACGGACGAAAAAAAUAUGUUCUUCGGGACAUUGCUCAAGUCGUUAUCGCUACUUAACUACAGAGUCUACACAAACUAGCCAAUGCAGUCUACAAUCAUAUGCUACAAGUAACGCCACAGCUCAAUGCGACAACUCUGCGUCUAGCUAUAGUACGUCCCUCAGCAGUGACACUCUUUUCUGGGACAAUGAUCGAGGUGAAACUAAGUCUUCACCGAAAGUACAAUACCAAAGCUCACAUCAGCAUGUGAAACCAAAAUCUUGGGAUAAUUUGACAACUAAAGCCUUUGGUGGUUACGGGUUCGGAUACGGCUACUUAGACACUAGCGCUAAACAAUCCAAUCGUUCCAAAAGCCACGGUCGGAGUCACAGUGGCCGUAGCACGCAGAGCCAUCACGAUUAUCAACAUCAUGCUCUUGAAAAACAUUCUCAUGCGAGUAGACAGAACGCCACGCCGCAUCACUAUUCUGUGUACGGCAGAAGCCAUAGCCACUGCGCGCCCACUAAAUCCACCGAAAGCUUAAUCGUUGUCCCCAAGUAUCAACUAGAAAGCAGCGGUUCAGAAAGUCGUCUUGCUUGUGAUUGUGCUGAAUCCAUAGAAUAUUAUCGCAGAGUAAGCGUUAGCAAAAGCCCGGGAGAAAAUCACUCUUCUGGAUAUUAUUCUCAACAUUUCAUAUAUCCUACCCAUUCAUACAAAAAGAAGGACUCCAAUGUAAGCUCAGAAAUAACGAGAUUAUAAGUAGAUAAUUUUAUUUGAAUCUAUAUAUAUUUAUGUAAGUAAAGCUGCUCAGGCCUACUGGCGAAAAACAAUCGAACCCCAUUAGACAAUUCGUUAUUUCCGGUAAAUUAUAAAAAUAGGAAGUGUUUUAUCGCUUUUUACUUGUUAUUUUAUAGUUUCAUAAAUAAACA